AUGGUAGAGGCAUCAGGAAUGGUAAUGAUAGGUAGUAGUAGUAGUUUUAGAAUAUAUAUGAAGCCUACCAAAGAUAUGGUGGAGGCAUGGGGUCUACCAAAGAAUGGUGAAAAGGAAUGUAAGGGAAAGAGUGAGAGUAAAGGGAAUGGUGAAGAUAUGGAUGGUGAUGGUGGGUUUUUAGAAUACAUAAGCAGAGAAUGGUGA